UUGCUGGAUGCUGGUUUGCGCGGUGAUUCACAUGGCAGUGCUACUGCAGCUGCUGUACUGGACGGGGAUAGUUUCUAUGCAAGUGCCGAAAAUUUCGACUAUGUACUGGCACGUGAUUUGGCACGUCGAAGAGUAGAACGAGAAAAGAAAAAUGAGAAAGCAAAAGAGGCACCGACGGAGCCGUGCAUUCGCUUGAAAUAUGACGAAAAACUGCAGUACUGGAGUGAGAAUAUGGUGAACUAG